AUGUUGCAACGACUAUCGUCGUUGCUUGUGAUGAGUUGUGUCCUUCGUCCCUUGGCUUCGCCAAAGGCCGAAGGCCUUCAGAUGAACUUCCCUUCGUCCCUUGGCUUCGCCAAAGGCCGAAGGCAUUCAGAUGAAUGUAGUUCCCUUCGUCCCUUGGCUUCGCCAAAGGCCGAAGGCCUUCAGUUGAACGUAGUUCCCUUCGUCCCUUGGCUUCGCCAAAGGCCGAAGGCCUUCAGAUGA